AUGGAAUCGGAAUUCUACAGGCCCGCAUCCUUGGAUCUAUGGACGGCGGCGCUUAGGAGACUAAAGGACCAAAUCCAGCACCCCAAGUCGCAGUGCAGAAACGAAACGAAACGAACGACGCAGACGAACAGAGAAUUCGUUCAUUCUUUAUAUCGCGACUAUAUUUUUUUUUCUGGAGGAGAUCCUCAUUUUGCAACUAGAUCAGAGCGCUGCAAGCGUGACAGUAAUCGCAUUGCGCUGUUGCACUUGCGGAUUUGUUCGCGAAUUGCGCGCGAAUAUGAAGCAUGGACCGCCCAACUCCAGCACAAUCAGAUACGGCGUGGAAUCGCGUCGCGUCAACUCGUCUAUUCUCUGUUCCACCGACCACAAUCCACUUCCCCCUUUGCCACUCCCAACCCAGCCCUAAUCCUCUCGGAUCAGAUCCCCUCUUCUCCUGCCGGAGCAAGAUCAGUUCGUCCAGAUCCCACAGUCGCCAUGGAGGAUGAGGAACUUGUUGAUCAAAAGAAGUACCUUGAGGAACGGUGCAAGCCACAGUGUGUAAAAUCACUUUAUGAGUACGAGAAAUGCGUCAAGAGAGUUGAGAAUGAUGAUACUGGGCACAAACACUGCACUGGGCAAUAUUUUGAUUACUGGUCAUGCAUCGACAAAUGUGUAGCACCAAAGCUCUUAAAGAAGCUCAAAUGAUGACGUGAUACCAGUUUCGACGAGUGACCUGUUCAUUUGCCCUAACCUUGUCCACUUUGGAAACCGGCUGAGCUCAUAAACUGUCUACUGUCUGUGCCUCGAUUCCGUGUACUUGUAAUAAAAGCAACAAUUUUGCUUUGCAAGCAUGUGGGUUUCUUUGGACUGAGCAUUCGGUGCAAGGAUACAUACAUUCGGUGAUCGUGUUUGUGUUGUUCAAACCAUUCUAGUUUUUGAAAGCAUAUGGAACACAUUUGUUCCAGUGUUAUGCUCUUUCCCCAUGAGGGUUACGUGAAUGGAAUCUGGGUCUGUUCUA